AUGAAAUGUCUUAUAAAUCAAGCUCAAAAUUAGGAUAAUAGCAAAAUGACUAAAAAAAAACCAAAUAUUUAAACAAUAUAAAUUGUAUCAAGACCUCUCUCAGUAAAACUGUCAAAAGUAAAAAAUAAUGGAAAAGAAAAUUGGGUCAUGAACAAACUUAAAGAAUUCUUAUACGAUUAGGAUUGGUCACAUUAUGCUGUAAUCAUAAGCACUGCUGAAAAAAAAGUUAUUUUACACAAUCUUAAUGUUGGAUUUGUGUCAGAAAAUAUACAAGACUAUGAGAUUAAUGAAUAUAAAAAAAUUUAUGUCUUUCAGGCAAGUGAUUUUAAGGAACCAAUAUAUGAGGAAGAUCUUAUUUAGCUUUCUAAAGGAAAUCAAAAAUACAAUCUUUAGAACAAUUCUUGCAUACAUUUUGUCAACAAAGUUAUAAUUUAUUUAAAUGAAAGACAAAUAGAAGAUAAGAACAAAGAGGUAAAAAUUUAAUUAAAUUCAUUGAAACAUACAUUUAAACAAAUUUGUAAGAAAAGCUGGAUGAAAAUAGUGGAGGGUUGGUAAACAGUAAAAAAAAGAUAUCAAAAGGGACAAGCAGAUUCAAAAGUAUAAUCAGAUAUGAAUCUAGAAGUAGGUUAAAAUGUAGAUAAAAAAGUAGAAAUACCCUAACAAAAACCUUAAAAAAUUGCUUAGAAUCUUCUAUCCCUAUGUACUUAAAUUACUGAAUAUAUUUUUUGGAAUUUACAUAAUUUAUCUUUUUCUAAGGUGAUUGCAAUGAUACUCAUUUUGGCGCUUUUGAAAAUGCUAACUUAAAUUCCUGUUAUGGGAGGGUUUAUUGCUAUCGCAUCCAUCUGUUAUGAGUUGUUCUUUAUUUGGGAAUAAAAAGAUGAUUCUAUCCUAGAAAAAAUUGGAAAAUCUUGUUCUACUUUUUUUUUGAUAAUUGUGGGUACUACUUGCCCUAAUUUGAUAUAAAUAUUGUACCGAUUUAGCUUUAAUUUAACAUCUAAAUUUUAUGAGAGGUUUAAAUCGAAGGUAAUAAAUUUUAUGAAGUCAGAUGUCAUUAUUGGAGGUACUCUCCUUACUUCACCAACAAUAAUAGGAGGUUUUAUUGGUCAUCUAGCCUGAUAACUUUUUUUUUAAGUAAACUGAAAUUUUUUCUUUAAAAAUCAUUUUUAUUUUUCAUUUCUCGUUUAUAAUUAAUUUAGGAAUCUGUACAUUUAGUUCUUCGAUAGCAUUAUGUACGUAGGCAAUCAGUGAAACAGUUUAAAGUUUUAUAGUUAAAAAGUUAGGAGUUGAUAUGGCGGGAACUGCAUUGGUUGAAGCUUCAUAAGUAGGCACUUGUGGAGCCAUUUUAUCUAAUCCAGUUGUUAUUACAGCAGUUAUUGGUUUUUGUGUAGGUGUAGGGUGUUUAUGGAUUGGCAAGAAACUAAAAUGGUUUUGA